AGACGAUAAAAACCUCAAUAUAUUUUUAUAUUAAUGAAAGUGGAAUCUUCUGUACGCAUGAAACAUCAAAUUGCUAAUUAAAGUAUCAGUAAAAUGAGUCGAUUAUUGUUUUUGAUUUGCAUAUUUACAUUGAGUAAUGCUCAAAGAUGUGUUCAACGUAAAUUUAAUAAGGAUAGCUUUGUCUGUGUCUGCAAUUCGACGUAUUGUGAUUUUGCUACGGUGCUGGUGCCUGAAAAGGGAACAUUUCGAAGCUAUGUAUCAAACCGAGAUAAUUAUAGACUGGAUUCUAAGACCGGAAGUUUCAACAAUGACACAAAAGGAGAUAUUAAAUUGUAUUUGAAUCCUACGAAAACAUAUCAGACUAUUUCCGGUUUUGGAAGUUCAUUUACUGACUCAGCAGGACUUAAUAUUAAAUUAUUGAGUCAAGCAACACAGUUAAAUUUACUGAAGUCUUUAUUUGAUAAGGAGGGUAAUAAAUAUAAUUUAUGCCGUCUUCCUAUUGGUGGUAGUGACUUUUCAACAAGACCCUACAGCUUGGAUGAUAUUCCUGGUGAUGUUUCUUUGAAAAAUUUCUCAUUAACACAAGAAGAUUAUGAAUAUAAAAUAUCCUUUAUGAAAAAGGCCCUGGAAAUGAAUCCUGAAUUAAAAUUCAUGGCAGCAUCAUGGACAGCACCACCGUGGAUGAAAACAUUUGUUGAUUUCGGUGGAUGGUAUAAUCAAUUAAGAGAAGAAUAUUAUCAGGCGUACGCUGAGUAUUUAGUGAAAUUCUUGACCGAAUAUAAACUUCAGGGAUUGCCUAUUUGGGCACUCUCCACUGGGAACAAUCCAAUCAUUUGUACCACCGCUGUAGCACGCAAACAGAAUUGUAUGUUAUGGGUACCUUACAAGGUAGUAAAUUGGGUUAUAAACAACCUCGCACCUUCUAUAGCCCGGUCGAUAUCCAAUGAAACAAUUAUUACUACUGGAGAUCAUCCUAAGUUGGAGCUUAUUUGGUAUUAUGACGCAAUGUUUAGAUACAACAACUCUAUUAACAAGUUUAUUUCUGGUCUCACGUCACAUUGGUAUGAUGAAGAGUAUCUCGGUCACUCAGAGCUCGAUAGAAUUCAUGCAACGUAUCCAGAUAAACUUCUGAUCAUGUCUGAAGCUUGUACAGGAUUCCAAGGAAUAAAUUCUCCAGAUAAAGUCGUCGAUUUAGGAUCGUGGGUUGAUGCAGAAAAAUAUAUAAUCAGUAUAAUUGAAAAUUUAAAUCACUGGAUAAUUGGCUGGAUCGAUUGGAACUUGGCACUCAAUAAAUAUGGAGGUCCUAAUUGGAUUGAUAACUACGUGAAUUCCCCAAUAAUUACCGUUCCUGAAUCUGACGAGUUUUACAAACAACCUAUGCACUACGCACUCGCUCAUUUUAGUAAAUUUAUUCCUAGAGGAUCUAAAAGGAUUGAAAUUAACGGUAAAAAUGAAAUUAAAUCAGUAGCUGUGUCAACACCUAACAAUGAAACUGUAAUUAUACUUUAUAAUAAAAGCGAUAGAAAAAAAAAUGUUACUAUUGUUGAUCCUCGACAGGGGAAUAUCAACAUCAAUAUCGAUGCUCGUUCCAUUCAAUCUAUUAUUUAUAAGCAGUAGUAAACAAAUCAUAUACAUGACCUAUUCAGACUGGAAAUUAGCUGAAAGAGGCAAUUCGUUAUUGAAAAGGUUAAUUGAUAAUUUUUUAAAAAUAAAAAAUAUCGACCAAUUAAAUAAUUUAUCUGCUUUAUAAAUCAAUGGUAAAAUCAGAACGAAUUUUCGAGACUGGUUGAAACAGGAGCGAUCAAGAACUGCACUCACGUACCAGUCGCUCGAGCAAAAUAAAUACUGCAUUUUUUGUUCUAAAAGAGCGGUAGAAAAAUUGGGAGCAAUAGAGAACUAUUAUCGCGAUCGAUGAUGUCGUUAUACAAUAGAAAAAAUGAAAGAAGAGAAGAAAGAUGGUUAAAAAUUGGAAAAAAGUGAAGAAAGAUCUCAAUGACGAAUAGUUUCAACCGCGCAAGAUCAGCUGAAGGGUAGGAAAACUGGAUUAAUCAAAGGUGUAAGGACAUUCGUGGAGUUGAAAUGUGGGAAAGAGAAAAGGAAGGAGAUUAAAUGCUACCGACUGCAUUAGUUCUCUCUUUCGUGAUAGCUGUGAAAUAUCGUUGACAAUAUAACACAUUUAAUCGUAGCUUGGAUCAAAGUGAUUUACUUGAUUAUACUUUAGCUUGAAUUUAUUAAUUACAUCCUAUUAUUAAACUUCAUAAUUAUACAAUUAAGAUAUUAAUUAGUUUUCUAUCGCAUACGUGGCUAUGUUACACUUAU